CAAGUUCCGGUUCACCAACAGGUUUAUCGUUCUGCAUUCCGGCGUUCAACAGCGGAGGAGUUUUCGGUUCACCGAUAUGCACCCUGUCCGACCGUAGCAACACAGGAGGAGUCGCGGUCUUUUGACUGCUUUUCCGACUCCGAUUAGGCGAAUGACGCCGGCGAUGCCCCCGUUUCUUGAUCGUGGACGGAGGGUGAGCGGUACCGGUUGAAGACGGACAGGAAAAGUCGUUCGCUUGGUUGUCCCGCCAUUGAAGAAGGGCUUCGGCGAGCUGAGGUUUGGUUCCUGUGGGUUCAAGGUCCCGACUUUCACAUAGCCUGACGAGAUCGUCUCGACGAAGGCGGACAAGAGUCUUCGCCGUGGCAAUGGUCAAGUCAACUGGAAGAAGUCAAUGCUCGCGUCGUCCACAAUCGAUUCUUCCUCUACCUCUUCGGCAUCAUCAAUUUCACCUUCCUCGUCACCUUCUUCAUCACCUUCUUCAUCCUCGCCGUCCUCUCCGGCGUUGGCAUCCUCAUCCUCUUCGAUGCCUUCCUCCUCUUCAACCAUAUCAACAUCCUCUUCGCCCACGAUUUUGCCAUUGCGAAGUUUACGAGGUUCGACGGCAAUCGUCGCCUCAUCGUCUUCUUCAUUCUCCUCCUCUUCCUCUUCUUCUUCUGCGCCGUUCUCGCCAUCGCCUUCUUCGUCGAUUUCUUCCUCGUCGUCACCAUCACUGGGAUCUUCUUCCACUUUCCGACGGGAGCGUAGUCGUCGUCGCAUGGGAGUGCGUCGGUUAGUAGACUGUACAGGCGACACUGAGGCAGAAGCUGUAGAAAUGAGCUCAUCAACCUCGUCUUCGUCUGCCCCGUCAUCAACGCAUUCGACCUCAUCUUCGUCUUCGACCUCAUCAUCUUCUUGCUCCGUGGUAGAAUCUUCCUUCAAGCUCUUCAUCUUCUUCUUUGCAUUACGCAUUGGAGUAACUCGACGAGCAUCAAGGGUGUCCAAAGUGGCCCCACUUCCGCUCCCGCCAUCUGAAGGGUUUUCACUGACCUGGACACUUGAACGGGUUCAUCGAAGCCGACAUGUUUUGAUUUACCUUUUCGGUGUGUAAAAGAAAAGGCAGCCAGGGCAACGGUCGGUGUAGUUCCAGAACCGCAAAGAUCGAUAGGUGUAGGAAGGGAUGAUGGAUCUGGAAAGCGCGAGAUGGAGGGUAUUGAAGGUAAUGAGGGUACGGAGGGCUUGCGGGAGCGUAAAUGGUGUGCGGGAGGUGAAGAGAUUGAAAUACCGUCUCGAGCGGAGGUUGAUGAUACAGGUGAGGACCUUGACGAGUGUCGCCUAUAGGGGAUAUCGAUAAGCAUUUGA